CAGAACCCUUCCCAUCUUCAAGAGCCAACAGAAACCUCUGGAGCCUUUCCCAAGCUGCUCUUGUUAGAAGUGAUCAUUCUCUGAGUAGUAAAUGGGAGUUUUCAUUUCCUCACAGUUCACAUUAUACUGGUUGGCCUUCCCUGCAUUUUGUUUUUCUACGCAGUACCAGAAGAAAGGAAUUACAGCAGCCGCCCCAGUUCACACCAACAGAGAAGAUGCUGCUACCCAGACGAAUCUGGGAUUUAUCCAUGCAUUUGUCGCUGCCAUAUCAGUCAUCAUAGUGUCUGAACUCGGAGACAAAACGUUUUUCAUAGCGGCCAUCAUGGCGAUGCGUUAUAACCGGCUGACUGUGCUGGCUGGUGCCAUGCUUGCCUUGGCCUUGAUGACAUGCUUGUCGGUUUUGUUUGGCUAUGCCACAACAGUCAUCCCCAGGGUGUAUACCUACUAUGUUUCAACUGCACUCUUUGCCAUUUUUGGCAUCAGAAUGCUUCGGGAAGGUUUGAAGAUGAGCCCAGAUGAGGGUCAGGAGGAGCUGGAAGAAGUUCAAGCAGAGUUGAAGAAGAAGGACGAAGAAUUCCAACGAACCAAACUCUUAAAUGGACCAGAUGUUGAAACUGGUACAAGCACAACAAUACCUCAGAAAAAGUGGUUGCAUUUUAUUUCACCCAUUUUUGUUCAAGCGCUCACGUUAACAUUCUUGGCGGAAUGGGGAGAUCGCUCUCAACUCACUACUAUUGUUCUGGCAGCUAGAGAGGAUCCCUAUGGUGUAGCAGUGGGUGGAACAGUGGGGCACUGCUUAUGCACUGGAUUGGCAGUAAUUGGAGGAAGGAUGAUAGCACAGAAAAUAUCUGUUAGAACAGUGACAAUCAUAGGAGGCAUCGUUUUUUUGGCAUUUGCAUUUUCUGCACUAUUUAUAAGUCCAGAUUCUGGUUUUUAAAAUGCUGUCCAUCUGUAUUCAGCUUAAGAUAUGCAACUUUCUGUACAUAGUGUACAUUACAACUAAAAGUAAUGGAAAAUACUGUAUUUUGUAGUAUUAAUUUGUAAGUCUGACCCAUUUAAUGAAGUAUUAUGUCCAAAAGAGAUAAUCAUUGAUCUUAUUUGUAAAAAAUUUUAAAAGAAAGUCUGAUUUCUCAGUGUGGAUUUUUCUCUAGCCUGAUUAUGUUAACACUUGAGCCCCACUUCAGUUUGGACAUGUGUAUCCACUGCAGUGGGACUGACCUCUUGAGUUUUCUUGUUGUAUGACGCUUUUAUAAAUAUAUUUUCUCCUUGGUCACUGGGGUGUUUAUAUGUAUAUCUUAAACAUUUCCUUGGGGGAAAGAAUGAAUUGUUUGUACUUUUAAAACCAUAUUCCUGAGCCAGUAGAGUAACCAGUAGUUUUAUCUUGUCUUUUGGGAAUUAGGAUUAAAGAGAGAACUAGGUUUUACUGUUGUAUCAAUAACAGGCCGUAAGAGUUGUUGGCUAGGUCCAUUCUCUUAUUUUUUUUUUAAUUGGGUAGGACACCCAAUAUAAAAAUAGUCAAUAUUUGACAACAUGGACUUACCAAAUUAAAAGAGAAUACUAUGAAUGUAUUCCUAUUUUUUUCUAUAUUGAAUAAACAAUGUAACAGAUACAAUGUAAAUAAAGUGGUAUGAGUAGUA